AUGUGGGACGCCGUUCGCGAGUCCAGUAUCGGACAAAUCACACGUCUCGUCUUCCGCCGCCCGGACCUCCUCCCCUACCCCGAAGAGCUCGACUCCUUCGAACUGCCGGCCUGUCUGAGCUGGAGCCCUAGCGUCCUGCUGGACAGCAAGCUAGAAGACGAGUUGAAGAAGCAGGAAGGACGAUCGCGGCGCGUGGAACAGUAUGUCUUCUCGACAGACGCACCCCGCAAUAAUGGCCCGGACCCGGUGAUAGUAGACUGGUACUCGCCGUCCGACCCAUCGAACCCGCAAAACUGGACUUUCGCCAAGAAAGUCUGGAUCACGACACAGAUGGGUCUGUACACUUUCGCCGUGUACAUCGGCUCCUCUUUAUACGCGCCCAGCGAAGCAGCAGUAAUGUCCACCUUCAACACAUCCUACGAAGCCGCAACUCUCGGCAUCGCACUCUACGUCGCGGGCUACGGCCUCGGUCCCCUCCUCUGGGCGCCUCUCUCCGAGAUCCCGGCCAUAGGCCGCACUUCGAUCUAUACGGUCACGCUGUUCGUGUUCGCAUGGCUAGCGCUCGGCGCUACCGUAGUGAAUAGUUUCGGCGGGUUGCUAGCGCUGCGGUUUCUCCUCGGUUUCUUCGGGUCGCCGUGUCUGGCCGCCGUAGGCGCUACUCUAGACGACAUGUUCGCGCCAUGGAAGUUGCCGUACGUGCUAACGAUCUGGUCUGCGUCGGCGACGCUGGGGCCCGCGCUCGGUCCCAUCGUGUCCGGAUUUGCCGUGAGCGAGAUGGGCUGGCGGUGGAGUGGCUGGGAGCUCUUCUGGCUCGCUGCCCCUGUCUGGCUUCUCAUGUUCCUGACGCUUCCCGAGACGAACCCAGAGACAAUCCUGCACCGUCGCGCAAUGCGGCUGCGCGCGUGCGCAGGCCGCUCCGAUAUAACGUGCGAGGCGGACCUCAGGCGCGCACACAUGCUGACGACGCGGCAGAUCGUCGUCGAUGCGCUGAUAAAGCCGUGGGAAAUCAACGCUCUGGACCCGGCGGUUUUGUAUACCACCGUCUACGCCUCGGUUCUCUACGGGACGUAUUAUUCCUUCUUUGAAGCGUUUCCCCUCGUCUUUACCGACAUGCACGGGUUUAACUUGGGGGAGUCCGGACUGCCGUUCCUGGCGUUCAUGCCAGGCUUGGUGAUCGCCAUAUCGGGGUACAUAAUCUGGUUCCGGCUGCAGGUAGAGCCUAAGAUGCACAAGGAAGCCCCGCCCUUAUACGGCGAUCCAGAAAGUAGGCUAUUCCCUGCCGUGGCGACGACGAUACUUGGUCCCAUUGGAUUGUUCAUUUUCGCGUGGACUUCGCGUCCCGAUAUCCAUUGGAUCGUACCCAUCAUAGGCCUCAUGGUGCUCUUCAUUUGCUUCGUAAUUGCCUUUCAGUGUAUGAAUUUUUAUAUCGCGCGGUGUUAUCCGAAAUAUUCGGCUUCCAUAUUUGCCGCCAACACGUUCGCCAGGAGUUGCUUUGCCGCGGGUUCGAUCUUGUUCUCGAAGCCUAUGUAUGAUAAACUCGGCGUCGGUGGCGGCGUAAGCGUGCUAGGAGGUCUGUCAGUUCUUUGCGCGGGUGGUAUGGUCUUCCUUUGGCGUUACGGCGAUAAAUUGAGGCUCAGAAGCAGAUUCGCUCAAUCUUAA